AUGUAACAGAAAAACACCAGUCUGUUUUCUUUUAAUCAAUAAUUAUAAUAAAAGAGUGAAUUUUUGUAUGCAAAUAGUUGGUGUAUAAUCAGACUCCAGAAUAUCAUUUCAGAAUAUAUAGAGAAUAGGAGAGUGUAGGAUAGAAAAUAAAGAACUAUAUAUAUAUAUAUAUAUAGGCAUGCUGCGAAGAAAGAUUAAAUGAUGUCAUGAGUAUUCACUACGUGAAUACUCAUAUUAGUUAUAUAUCUUGAACGUGAUUCUCCAAAAAAUAUUUAACUUCGGAAAGGGAACAUCGAGUUAAACCUGAGACUCCGAGGUGGUCAUAACAAUAGUGUCAGAUGAAUGAAAUGAGAAGUAUCCUCACGCAUUAAGUUCCAUAUAUAGUCGCCCAUCAUAGUGGUCCCAUGCACGGUGGUCAUGAAGCCAGAAAGUUCCGACCAUAAAUGACGAGCAAAUCGGCAACCGUUGAAGUUUUAAGACACUUUGAAAGAAAAUGGAUUUACCAGAUUAUGGAGGUGGCUGUGGUAGAAGUCCCGAAAGCCCAGAAGUGCAUCACUGCUCUUCAACUACACAACCGUUGGGAAUAUCAGAGAAUGGAAUUAAAGAAGAAGAUAUGAUGCCAAGGAGAAUUUGUCUUGUUUGUGGUGAUGUUGCAAGUGGCUUUCACUAUGGUGUUGCAUCUUGUGAGGCAUGUAAAGCUUUCUUUAAACGAACGAUACAAGGAAACAUUGAAUACACUUGUCCUGCUAAUGGUGAAUGUGAAAUAAACAAACGAAGAAGAAAAGCAUGUCAAGCUUGCAGGUUUCAAAAGUGCUUAAGACAGGGAAUGUUAAAAGAAGGUGUUAGACUGGAUCGAGUCAGGGGUGGUAGGCAAAAGUACAGACGAUCUACAGAUCCAUAUGUACCUGGAAAAUCUACAGCUCUGGAAGACAAUAAAAUGAUAGAAGCAUUAAUAGCUUGCGAACCAGAUUUGCUUCAAGUUUCAAAUCUUUCUCACAAUAUGGACACUGACCAAAGAAUUCUGGGACAAUUGUCUGAUCUUUAUGAUCGUGAAUUAGUAGGCAUAAUUGGUUGGGCAAAACAAAUACCAGGAUUCAGUAGUUUAGCUCUAAAUGACCAAAUGCACCUUUUGCAAAGUACUUGGGCGGAAAUUCUAACUUUUAGCUUAGCUUGGAGAAGCAUACCAAAUACAGGGAAACUUAGGUUCGCUCAAGACUUUAUACUAGAUGAAAAUCUUUCUCGAGAAUGCCAUUGUGUGGAUCUUUAUAUGCACUGUGUACAAAUUGUUGAAAGAAUUCAAAGAUUGGGCUUAACACGUGAAGAAUAUUACAUACUAAAAGCUUUAAUACUAGCAAAUAGUGAUGUAAGAUUGGAUGAACCUCAAGCUCUUUAUCGUUUUCGAGACAGUAUCUUAUAUUCCUUGUCGGAUUGUGUAGCCGCUGUGCGACCUGGUCAAGCUCUACGAGCUAUACAAAAUAUGUUCCUAAUUAUGCCUGGUCUUAGACAAGCUGAUGGUAUAGUGAGAAGAUUUUGGUCUAAUGUUUAUCGAACUGGCAAAGUACCGAUGAAUAAGCUAUUUGUGGAAAUGCUUGAAGCUGCGGGAUAUCGAUGAGUGAAAAUUUACAGUAAGAAACGUUAAAUUUACUAAAAUGCACGAUUCAAUGAUAAAAAAAUUCUCUUAACAUAAGAAAAAUACAGAAAUACAGCAAAAUAAAAACAUCAAAGUUUCUGUUUUUCUCAGUGAAUAAAACAAUUCGAUUGUUUUUUAUUAAGUGUUAUUUUUACUUUUUCGAAAGUAUCGAGAACAUACACAACGCCAAAGAGUAAAUAUGAUUUUUAGUUUAUACAAUUUCUAUAAAAAUAGCAGUUAUACUCAGAUUAUGUUAAUUUUUUAUACUGUAUAUAUAUAUAUAUAUAUAUAUAUAUCAUUGAAUCGUGCCUUUUUUAAUUGAUAUGGAAGUGAAAAAACAUUGUGAGAAUAGAGAAAGAAAGUAUUAGAAAAAUUAUAUAUAUUAUUAUAAGAUCCACACUUGAAAAAUUUUAAUAGAACCAUAGAAUUUGCUGUGUAGAUAAGAGAAAAAGUAAAGUUGUUCACAUGUGCCGCAAGCAAUAAAACUGUAUGAAGGAAAUAUAUUCAGGGAUAUUUUGUAUAUAAUUACUGUUGCUGUUAUAAAAACCGCUUUAAAUCCAAUAGUUAUUAAAACUUUUGAUUUUUACAAAUUAAUAGAAGAAAAUUUAUUUUUAAUAGACAUGAUUUCUAUUAAUUUAAACAAAGGAGAAGCCUUGUGAAUAAUAUAAAAAUUAUUCUUCAAACAAAGUUUAUGAAAAUUAAAUGAAUUAUCAAGUUUUCUGCUCUUGGUGACUUUAUUUCAAGUUAAUAAUUAAUCAAUUAAUUUCAAGUUAAUCAAUUAAUGUAUAAAAUUAUCAAAAUUUUUGUAUAUUGUAAUAAAUCGACAAUUUAUUUAAUUA